UCCCAGCAUCAGAAAAUUCUGGCGGCCCCCAGUCCUUGCAAAAACCUCGGCUGACUGACUUGGGACAAACGAAAACCCAAAACCCCUCAAUUUUUCUUUUUUUGAAAUUCCCAAACAAGACCAACACAAAAACAGCAUUUUCCACCAGGUGUAAAAUGAUUACUAGUAUCUGUUUAGUAAAAUAGGAACAAAGGAAAGGGAGUUGUUGUUAGGAACUUUAGUAUCAGGAUGGUGCUAUGGGAGAUGACACUGGCGACAGCUUAUUUUCUGGGCCUCAGGAGAACUUACCGAUUGGCUCUCAAGAUCCAGCGCAGGCUAAUCAGCCCCAAUUAUCCCAGGAUCCGCCAAUUCGCUCACAGGCGGACACGUGCUGUGUUUGAUGUUGCGAUCAAGGUUCAUCGUAAUAUACAGGAGAGAGACCUUGAAGUAGGAAGGAGUAUUGGGAUCAGGAUACUAAGAUGGCUUGACAGGAUGAAGCCAUCUGCUCAGAUUCAACCAAAGCCUCCCCGGAAUGGUAAUGCAAGCACAAGUGUGAAGAGGCAUUUAACUGAUUCAAGCCACCAGUCAACUCCCUCAAACUUCCAAAGAAAUGGUGUACGAAGUGGGGCUCCUGAUUCUGACAGACAUUUAUUUACCUCAUCAAGGAAUGUCUGGCCUAAAUCAUUCCAAAGCGUUGCUAUGAUGAUGCGACGGACCAAGCCAGCUGGAGUUAAUACUCAGUACCGACAUUUAAGCAUCUAUGGUCUGCAGGCUCUUAAGGUUAACUAUGGAGGACUUGGUUCAGGUGGAGUCGUUCGAAGCGACAUAAUGCAGUGGAUGUUACAAAACUAGUCCAUACAGCAAAAGUUCUAUAUUCUAUAUCCAUCAUGUCUGUGUUCAUUGGUGGGUAUAAGCAGUUUAUGAAGGCUAACUUGACAACAGAAAGCGGAUGGUUAGAGACUCCUUUCUGGCUGUGAUUUCGUUCUUUGGGGAUUAAUAAUAUCUUUUUAAACUCUUUCCCCUUGAUUCUGUAUGUUGUUUUCAACCCUUUUACAAUUUUGGAAUCCUGAAGCUGUAUCGUUCAGGAUCAUAGAUACUAUCACAGUUCUUUCUAUUAAAUUUUUCGCAGAGAACAGUACAUGUGAAUGCUUUCUUUCUUUGGACUGGUUUGUUACUGUAAUAUCAAAGCUACAUCUCUUUUUUUCUUUUUGGUGGUUUCAUUUUAAGGAAAUGAGAGGUUUAGGGCCUGUUCUCAGGUCAUGGAA